UUCCUCAUUAUUAAAGGGCACAUAUGUCACUCUAUGGGAUCAUGGUACACGAGUUUGAAAGGCGUGGCUAUUUACAAAGAUCAAUCGGUCAAAGGUAUUGGAGCUUUUAUUUUGAGAAGAGCACUAUAAUAAGAGCUGCAAGAGUGCAAUACAACAAAGUGGGUAGACCAGUUUCCUCUCCACUUCUGCCACCUGCGAUCCCACACUGAUGAGUUUAUACAACAUAAGAAGGAAUCGGAAUAUCUUCUUAAGAAGUCUUGAAGAAGUACGGAAGUGUAAAAUGAGUAAUUUGGUAAAGAGUAGGAAGGUAGCAAGGAAAUUCAACAAACGGAGGGGCAAUUUACUUACCGAUUACAUCCACAUGGUGUCGCUGUCCACCGCCAGGUUGCACUGACAAAGGAAAUCCACAAAUCAACCUCCGUCUUAAAAAUCCCUCCAUUUUGUCGCCAUCACUAAACAGCUGAAGAAGAGGGGAUGCCGUGUGCUGAGAUUCAAGGAAACAGCGGACUUUCCUAGGGUUCUGAAGACUCUGGAGCGAUGGAUCAGUGACCGGAGCCUCGGAUACAGGUUUGUGCGAUGCUGAUCCGGCGGGGCGGCGGCCGGGGGAGCCGGCGGCGGCUGCUGACCGCGGUUCUGCUGCUGGUCACAGCCUGGGCCAGGGGGAGCGGCCAGCUCCAUUACUCGGUGCCGGAGGAGGCGAAACACGGCACGUUCGUGGGCCGCAUCGCGCAGGACCUGGGGCUGGAGGUCGGGGAGCUGGUGCCGCGGAUGUUCCGGGCGGUGUCCCAGGGCCGCAGGGACUAUCUGGAGGUGAAUCUGCAGAACGGCAUCCUCUUCGUCAAUUCGCCGAUCGACCGGGAGGAGCUGUGCGGCCGGAGCCCCGCGUGUAGCAUCCACCUGGAGGUGAUCGUGGACAAGCCUCUGAGGGUCGACCAUGUGGAGGUGGAGGUCCAGGAUAUCAACGAUAACCCGCCAGUCUUCCCGGUAACGGAACAAAGGCUCCUCAUUGCAGAAUCCAAACAGCCGGACUCUCGAUUUCCACUAGAGGGCGCCUCCGAUGCAGAUAUCGGAGUGAACGCGGUUUUGACCUACAGUCUCAGCCAAAAUGAAUAUUUCUCUUUGGAUGUCCGAGCAAAUAGCGAAGAGAGUAAAUCCCUGUCACUGGUUUUAAAGAAAUCUUUGGACAGAGAGGAAACCCCAGAGCUGCACUUAUUACUGACGGCCACAGAUGGGGGCAAACCGGAGCUGACGGGAACCCUUCAACUGUUGGUCAAGGUGCUGGAUGCGAAUGACAAUGAUCCGGUGUUUGGACAGUCAAAGUAUGAGGUGAGGUUACCUGAAAAUGCAGUCAAUGGGACGUUCGUGAUAAAAGUAAAUGCUACGGAUCGGGAUGAAGGUGAGAACGGAGAAUUAAUAUAUUCAUUCCGAUUAAUGAAACCUAAUGUAAGAUCUGUUUUUAUCUUAGAUGAAAAAACAGGAGAAAUGAAAUUAAAUGGCACUCUGGAUUUCGAAAAAAAUAAACUGUACGAAAUACAGGUGAAGGCUACCGAUAGAGGAACUCUUCCCAUGGCUGGUCACUGCACGGUUCUGGUGCAGGUGCUGGAUAUCAACGACAACGCCCCCGAGAUAACGGUGACAUCUCUGUCAUUACCCGUCAGAGAGGACGCCCCGCCGGGCACGGUGAUCGCGCUCAUCAGCGUGUCCGACCGGGACUCGGGGGCCAACGGGCAGGUGACGUGCACCCUGGCGCCCCCCGGACCGUUCGGGCUGGUGUCCACCUUCAAGAAUUACUAUUCCCUGGUCCUGCAGGGCCCCGUGGACCGAGAGAAAGUGGCGGCCUACGAGCUGCUGGUGACGGCGCGGGACGGCGGGGAUCCGGCGCUGGAGGCCACGGCCAGCGUGUCGGUGGCCAUCGCCGACGUGAACGACAACGCGCCGGCCUUCGCCCAGCCCGUGUACACGGUGCUAGUGAAGGAGAACAACCCGCCGGGAAGCCACAUCUUCACGGUGUCGGCGCGGGACCCGGACGCGCAGGAGAACGCGUUGGUGUCCUACUCUCUGGUGGACAGGCCGGUGCGGGAGCGGCCGCUGUCGAGCUACGUGUCGGUGCACGCGGAGAGCGGGCGCGUGUACGCGCUGCAGCCGCUGGACCACGAAGAGCUGGAGCUGCUGCAGGUCCAAGUGAACGCCCGCGACGCGGGAGUCCCGGCGCUGGACAGCAACGUGACGCUGCAGGUGUUCGUCCUGGACGAGAACGACAACGCCCCGGUGGUGCUGCCGCCCCAUUCUGGCACCGCCGCCUCCCCCUCUUGGUCCUCGGCGGGGUCGAGUCCCUGGUCCGGGUCCCCCGGGGCGCCUCAGCCGGGACCGGAGCUGGUUCCGCAGGGGGUCGGUGCGGGGCACCCGGUGGCGAAGAUCCGCGCGGUGGACUUGGACUCGGGCUACAACGCGUGGCUGUCGUACGAGUUGCGGGAGGCGGGCGGCGGGGCCGGGCGCAGCCCCUUCCGCAUCGGGCUGUACACGGGCGAGAUCAGCACGACGCGGGCCCUGGACGAGGCGGACGGGCCGCGGCACACGCUGCUGGUCGUGGUGCGGGACCACGGGGAGCCGGCGCUGCGGGCCACGGCCACGGUGAGCGUGUCGCUGGUGGACAGCGGGCAGGACGGCAAGGCGGCGUCGCGGGCGUCGGGGGCGCGGGCGUCGGGAGCGUCGGGGGGCGGCCAGCGGGCAGCGCUGGUGGACGUGAACGUGUACCUGAUCAUCGCCAUCUGCGCCGUGUCCAGCCUGUUCGUGCUGACCGUGCUGCUGUACACGGCGCUGCGGUGCUCGGCGCCCCCGCGGGGUCUGUGCGGGCCCGUCCCUCCGGCCCUGGUCUGCUCCAGCGCGGUGGGGAGUUGGUCGUAUUCUCAGCAGCGCCGUCGUCAGCGUCCGAACGCGUGUGCGGGGGACGGGGCCGCCAAGAGCGACCUCAUGGCUUUCAGUCCCAACUUGCCCUGCCCGGGACCCCGGGAUGGCGGCGAACAAUCAGGGAUCGGCCCAGAGGAUUCGGGGAAGGCGAAGCAGCCCAACCCAGACUGGCGUUACUCUGCAUCACUCAGAGCUGGAAUGCAUAGCUCUGUGCACCUGGAGGAGGCUGGUAUCCUGCAUGGCCGGCUUGGAGGACCUGAUCAGCAGUGGCCGACCGUUUCCAGUGCGACAACUGAGCCGGAGGCAGGAGAGGUGUCACCUCCAGUGGGAGCCGGGGUCAACAGCAACAGCUGGACCUUUAAAUACGGACCCAGCAAUCCCAAACAAUCCGGCCCCGGUGAGUUGCCCGACAAAUUCAUUAUCCCGGGAUCCCCCGCCAUCAUCUCCAUCCGACAGGAGCCUCCCAACAACCAAAUUGACAAAAGUGACUUCAUAACCUUUGGCAAGAAGGAAGAAACCAAGAAAAAGAAGAAAAAGAAGAAGGGGAACAAGGCCCAGGAGAAAAAAGAAAAGGGGAACAGCACCACGGACAACAGUGACCAAUAGAGGAAGGCCUAAUGGAAGCAAGCCACUUAGCCAGUUUUGUAACCAUGGCGACUCUCUCCUAUGUAGCAACUCCUCCAAUCCACACCAUCCCUGUCCUUCCCCCGACUUCCACAGUCAUUCGGAAGUUCACGGUGUCUGUCUAGAUUGCUUAACGGGGUUUUGUCUGUCCUAAACCUGCUGUUAACUCUUUCUCUCCACUCUGGCUUGUUUUCAGAAUCUAAAAAGCAGACCCAAGUUUCCUUUCUCCUCCGCCGAAAAGGAGACCCCUCCCAGCCCCGCCAGUGAGAGGUUUGGACUCUUGUGGUUCCUGGGAUCCUGUCUUGAUGACACUUGCAGGGCUGGCUUAAAGGUCUUGAUAAUGAGCGACCCGGGGCCCACUGACCUCCUCUGGGGGUCAGUUUGUCUGCCAGGAGAUGCAAGAUCAGAGUAGCAGGAGCAAGAAGCAUGGGUAAAGCGUGCAUGAGAAGGAAACACCAAGUUAUACAGAGAUUUUCAGGCUGAGGAGGAAAUCUGAGAGAGGAAGUGACCAGACUUUCCAAAUCUAGGAUGGGAUAUUUAAAAUUAUUAACCCCCCAGGUGAUUUGGGGGAAAACCCCUACAGAGACAACUCAUUCCUCACACCCCUACCCCAUCCCCCAACAUUUGCAGCUCUUUAGGAAACUCUAAAGCCCUUUGGCUAUGCUGUCACUCUGAAGCCAGCAUCUUAACCCUAAGGAUUUCCUUUAGAGUUUGAGAGGAGGUGAGUCAGGCGGGACACAUCUGGCUCUAAUGUGUUUCCUGUACGUACCCGUCCCCACUCCAAUGUUCUUUUGCACACGAUGUCCCGGAAAGGAGAGAGGACCUUUCCCCACAACACAUAUGCAAAAGUGAAAGAGAAAAAAAAAACCUCACUUUAUCUAUGCUGUUUGUUACUUGAUAGAUUUAUUUAAAAAGAAAAUAUAGCUGUAAAUGUUUAAAAAGAAUUAUGAUACAGAUGGUGCCCUUUCACCUGAAAAAGAGAAUCGAUCUCCAAUCAUUAGAAAUGAUACUUGCUGCUACUGAAGUGCUUUAGAGAAAUUGCCUGAAACAUCUGUAUUAUAUUGGCCACCUGCCAAUCACAGCUUUAUCCUAUCGGACCACUCUGGGGCUGCCUCUUGCAUGUGCUAAUAACUUAAUACAAGAAUUUCUUUUUUUCCUCCCCAUAUAUCUGCACUUUGAUUACACAACCUUCUCCAACAAACUCCUGAAACAAAGACACAGAAGAGAAACGUUGUUUUUCCAUACACAUACAGCAAGCGACCGAAAGGUCUUCUAUUCUGUGAUUUGUCUUAGUGUCCUCUCCCCAACCUCCUACUUGACUUGGUUUUCCUUUUCUACAAGAUUUUGAAUUGCUGCCCUUUCUGACACUCAUGAUGUAAACUCCAACUCCUGUAUGUAUGCCGUGCUCUCUUAUAAGAAUCCUGAACUCUAUUUAUUCUGUGCUUGUGUAUGUGAAUGUCAAUGCACCUAUUUCCUGGAGUGGACUGUAAGCUUUACUGUUGAAUGUAAUUCCAUUCGGUUUCUUUUUUGUACUCUUGUGAACAGGUGGAGUCGUGUUCAUUUUUUUGAACCACCAUUGAUGAUCAGCUUUUGUGGAUGAAAGACACAGUAAAGCUAUCUUUCUUAAAUCAAGAUUUUGGUGAUUCAAGGGAUUUAUUUAUGACUGAUAAAUAGCUCUCACCUGGUGUGCUAAUUUUUCAACAUUAAGGAACUGGAGUAUUAGACCCAAGUUUCCUUUUUAAAGAAGGAAAAAACCAAAACCCCACCCAUUUCUUGAAGUAAUCCCUGAAGUUACUCCCUUCAAAAUUGAAAGUAUAAUACCAAAACACACUCUGUGAAACCUUGCACUUACUGUAAUUCCUAACCUCUCUGGAAUAUCAGAUCAUAAUGUUAAUGAUUAAUCAUGUGUGUACUAAGUGCUUAUUAAGGUGCCAAGCACUGUGUUAAGCGAAGAUAAUCAGAUUGGGCACAGUCCCCAUCCCACAUGGGGUUCUCAAUGGGAGGGGAGAGCCAAGAUCUUCUCCCCAUUUUACAGAGGAAGAAACUGAGGCCCAGAGAGGUUAAAUGACUCACCCAAGGUCACAUAGCAGGCCAGGGCAGAACUAGGAUUAGAAUCUAGAUCUUCUGACUCUUAGUCCCAUGCUUUUCCACUAGUAUAGCCCAGUUGAGAAGUUUGAAGAUUUUAAAGGGUUCUCUCAGAAUGAUUAAUUACAAUUGCUACAGCCCUAUUUAACUAAAAAAAACAAGAUGAGAGUGUAUUAGAAAACAUUCCAUCCUCCAAAGAACUUUUUAUGGAGAAUCCAAGAUGCUUAUUAUUAUUAGUAGUAGUAACGAUAAUGAUCUCGUAUCUGUACAGCACUUUUUAUAUUUGCAAAGUGCUGUACAAUCUUUUGUUAAUUGGUAAUUAUUACAGCUGUAAUGAUUAAAAACACCACGUGGAUUCAUUUUUUUAAUUGGUGCUAAUGGUAUUUCCUAUAUUAUUGCUAAUAAACAGAUAAUGGUAUGUAA